AUGAUUUGGGUGGAGUCUUUAAUACUGGUACAGAAGGUGAAUGCCUUAGUAAUUCAGCUCAUCAUACAGUCGCUGCGGAAUGAACGAAAAAAAAGUAAUGAGAGAACUAGAACUGAUAUAGAAGAGUUCUCCACUACAGAAGCAUAUAAGUUUUACUCCGCAGAGUCUUCCUAUACAUGCUGUGGUGCCGAUUCACAUGCUCUUGUUAAACUCUCACAUAAGAUGCAGGAGUUGUCUUCCCAAGUGAAAGGCCAUACAGAGGAAGCAACAUCUGAUUCUGUUGAAAUAUCUGGUUUGAUUGACCCCGAGAAACUCACUGGCGCACCUGAUUUGGGGUCUUCUAAAAGUUCCCUGCCAUGUUCCAGUAGUCUCAUUGGCUUGCAUUAUGCUGAUAGUUUAUCAAAGGCUGCAGAAAAAUGUUCAUCUUUUGGAGUGGAAGAAAAGUUGCAUGCCGCUAAAGAUGAGCCAGUUGAAAUCUCCCAGUUAAUUGAUGAAAAGGGACAGGACAUGGAAAAAGAAGACAAACAUGAUCAGGGGAUAUGGUCCAUAUCUGAUGCUGUGGACUUAAUUUCCAGUACUACUUUGCAGGCCAUUUCUCCGACUUCUCAAGAAAAGCUGUGUCAGGCUUUGAAUGACAUCGAUUUAUGUGAUGCCAGCCAACUCUGUAGUCACAAGGAAGCUGAAACAUUGCUGGCACCUGAGCGAAUGAGGACGAAACCAAAGAACCACAAUAUUGGCUCCCUUCUUUCAGUUAACGAAGGAAUUCUUAGGUCGCCGGAUGCUUCUUGGAAGACACCUUGCUCUUGCAUGAAGAGUUCAUCAUUUCUCCAACAAGCUGAGAAGGCCAUUGAAUUCUCACAACGACAGAUGCAUGAUAUAGAAAACAUUGCAAUGAAACUUCUGAAGGGGUUGAAGUCCAUGAAAAACAUUGUGGAAGAAACUCUUUCUUUGGAAUCAUGUUCUUCUCUACCUUCAAAAUUUACUGUUGAUGAGAUCAGAGCUGCUGCUGAUAAUGCAUCAGAACUUGAAAGGACCACAAGGAGGUGGUUAUCUAUGAUGACAAAGGAUUGCAAUCGUUUUUGUAAAAUAAUGAGAUUAGCUGAGAACAAAGAAGCGACUCCACCUAAAGGUGUUUCUAAGAAACAGAAGAAGAUAACUUUUGCUGAUGAAGCUGGUGGUGUGCUCUGUCAGGUGAGAGUUUUCAAACAACAGCCAGCUCCUGUUGCUGUACCUGAAAGUGAUAAAGCUGAUGUCAGCCAUGUACCGUUAUAAAAUAGCAACAGGCUGCUAUGGGCAACGGGUACAACCAUCUGAAACACUGGCGAUUUUUGUUGGCAUUCUUUCGAUGCUCAUGGCCCUCCUGUGGCUGACAACAGUGACUGCUCGGUGCUGACAAACACUAUUGCUUCCAUGAUGGAUGCUUGUAUGUUCUAAUCAGUUGCCGAAGGCCAUGUCGGUGGAUGAUUUUUCGUCCUUUAUCCUUGUGAAGUCUUCCUCUUAAGUUUUGAUCUUGGAUUGAACUGCAAUGGAUGCUGGAAGCUGUUUCUUGACUGACAGUUGUUCCCUGCUGAAGUAAAAGUUAUCCAAGAUGAGUGGUGUUGUGGGAAUUUAAGAAACUAUCUCCAUGGUGAGCUAUAUGUUUAUGCAAUAGAAGGCUUGCCAAAGUAAACGUGUCAGUGAAGGAUUUGAGAUUUUGUUUGCUUGUAUCUUAACAGCGUUGG